GCCGUCGCAGCUGACGCCGCGGCAGGCCGCCGCGAAAGGCCGCCGCCGCCGCGGCAGGCUGGAGGCCGCGGCGGCGGCGUCGCGCAGGCCGCCGCUGCACAGUGUGGGCCGCCGCCGCCUCCGCGCGUACAGGCCGCAAGCGGGGCCGGCGGCCCUCGCCGCCGCGGCCGCGGCCGGCGCAGCGGCGGGGCGGCCGCGGCCGAACGUUUCGGGUCGCGGCGGCGGCGCGCGGCCGCUGGCCGCCGCGGCGGUGUCCGCGGGCGCAGGGUUGUCGCAGGAGGCGCCGUUGGGCGUCGUGGGCGCCCUCGCGAGCAGGGAGUGGACGUCGAUGGUCACGAAGGGCUCCUUGGUGGCACAGACGAGCAGGGUCUUCAUCGGCCGCUACGACGCGACGGUGGCCGCCUUCGAGCGCCGCUGGCACGAGGGGCGCGUGCUCCUGGCGGUGUUCGUGAUGCUGGUCCUCUGGUCGCACUUCUGCGGCCCUGGCCCCAGCGCUGGCAGCCCCCUGGACGUGGACGAGGCCGAGGUCGAGAGCCGCCGCGACGCGCCCGGCUCCGUGCCGCCGAGCCUGCCGGGCUCCGUGGCCCCGUCCCAGCGGGCCUCGGCGCGCCCGUCCGUGGUGCCGUCGCGGUUUGGCAGCGGGCCCUCGUCGCGCUGCCACAGCCCGCCGCGCCUGCAGGAGGAGUGCCGCUUCUCCAGGCACCCCUCCGGCUCCUGAGGCGGCGGCGCCGCGGGGGGCAGGGGACCGCGCACCGGGGCCCGCGCGGCGCAGUGCGGGAGGGCGGCGACGCCCUCUCCGCUGCCUCGCUGCCCGCGCGGCACCCGGCACUCGCCGCGGCAUGCCGACUUGGGCGGGGAGGAGGAGGAGGAGGAGGAGGAGGAGGAGCCCCCCUAACUCCCCGGGCGCGCCCGCGCAGCAGAUGGCUUCCCCCCCCUCUGGGGCGCGCGGCCGCGCUGCUGGGCCCGCUCGCAACUCGACCUCUGCGCGGCGGCGGCCGGGCGGGCGCCCGGCCCCGCGGCCCUCGGAAAGAGCCGCGCGCCUUUCCUGUUCGGAGGCCAUUUUUGCUGGUAGGCUCUGGCAGGUUUGCGCC